AUGCCAUCUGCCAUCGAAAUCAUCGGCCUCGUGUUUGGCAUCUUGAGCUUAUCCGGGCUCUGCAAUGCCGGGAAGAAGACCGUCGCGCGACGUCAGCCCCCUGGCCGUCUGCGCGAGGUCCAAGAUGCCCUCGCCAGCACGCGCGCACUCAUCGAUGACCUCGAGCGGGGCGGAUACCUCUCGGGAGCGGAAAGGCGAGAGGGCGCGGAGGAUGCGGACAGUUACCGGCGCCGCCUCACAGAGCUAGACAACGAUGCCAUCGACCUGCGCCUGGCCGUCCAGAAAUGGUCUUCGAUGCCGGGGAUCUUCAGCAAUCAUCUCCAAAAGGACAUCGAAACCAUGUGCACGCACCUAUACAAUCUUCCGCCGCCCCCUGCGCGAUCUCUGCCACCCCGGCGUUCGCCGAUGGUCGAUGCUCCGCAGGAUCUACAUAUCGUGUCCGCUGCAUCUACCGCCACCACGGAGUUUACUUCUUCCACACCUUCCGAGUCCUCUGUCACCUCCAUAUCCUCCUCCCCUCAUUCACCAAGACCACCCGACCCCGAGCGCAUCGCCCUGGUCGAGAUCAACUCGGAUCGGGCCUCACCACAGGUCACCAACGACACACCACAGGCACAUGCGUCCGGCGUAGAAACCACCCUCACAGACGGCACAAUGGCAACCGUCCGCAACGUGGCCGCACACCGCGACGACUCCGACUCUGCUGACUCUGCCGACACCAGCUCCGGCGCGAGCGCGAGCGCGGACUCCUCCGACCAGACGCCUCAGGGCGAGAAUGGCCCCGGGGAGAAGGAGCAGCAACAGCGCACGAGCCAGCGGAGCUCGCGGACGAAGAAUCCGCGUGCGGAAGCCGAACGACGGGUCACGUACCUUACGUCCAACUACUUCUCGGGAGGGCUCGGGAAUCCGUACUACUUCGAGAGCGCGCCGUUUUGA